CAGAAAGCGGCGGAGAUUCGCUGUGAGAGUCCGGGUGGAGCGCUGCAGGGCUGACGGAGUUUUACUCGCCGUUUCCACUCCCAGCUUGUGCUGCGGGAUGAGGGAGAUGUUCGAGGGAGUCCUGAGUGAAACAGCCCUCAGUCGGUGAUUGGUCCCCUCGGUCCGGUCCGGUCCCUGAUGGCGGAGCCGGUGUCGCUGCUGCAGCGGCUCAGUUAUGCAGUCGGACACUUUCUCAACGACCUGUGCGCCUCCAUGUGGUUCACCUACCUGCUGCUCUACUAUCACUCGGUGCUGGGCUUCCGCAACUCCUCCGCAGGUGUGCUGCUGCUCGUGGGGCAGGUCGCUGACGGAGUGUGCACUCCUCUGAUCGGAUACGAAUCGGACCGAACCGCAGGAUGCUGUGGAUACGGCAAGAGGAAAACGUGGCAUUUAAUCGGGACGAUCAGCGUCGUGAUUUCUUUCCCCUUCAUCUUUAAUCAGUGUAUCGGCUGCAGUGAGAACACGCCGGAGUGGGCCGGACUCAUCUACUUCAUCCCCUUCAUCAUCAUCUUCCAGUUCGGUUGGGCUGCGACCCAAAUCUCCCACCUGUCCCUCAUUCCUGAGCUGGUGAAGUCUGAGUCGGCGAAGGUGGAGCUCACCGCGUACAGAUAUGCUUUCACUGUGAUCGCGAACAUCACUGUGUACAUCGUGGCGUGGCUGCUGUUCCAUUUCCAGUCUAAUGAAGAUCCAUCCAUCACCGAUAACCUCGGUCCCAUCGACAUCCCCAUCUUCAGAAACCUGUGUCUGAUCGUGUGGGCGAUUGGCGUGUUUUUCUCUCUGCUGUUCCACUUGGGCACGCGGGAGACGAAGGCUGGAGGAGUCGAGGAUGAAGGAGAAAUUGGAGAAAGGUCCCCGCUCCUCCCCCGAUCCACACUGAACUCUCCAUCUGCGCCUCUGCAGUGGCGACACUGGCUCAAAGAGCCGUCCUUCUACCAGGUUGCAGUUCUUUACAUGUGCACGAGGCUGAUAGUGAACCUGUCCCAGACCUACAUAUCCAUGUACCUCACUAACACACUGCUGCUGCCAAAGAAGUACAUCGCCAUAAUCCCCUUGGUGAUGUACGUGAGUGGAUUCAUCUCCUCACUGAUCAUGAAACCCUUCAACAAGCUGAUCGGGAAAAAUCUGGUCUACUUCGUGGGUCUGGUCCUGAUCCUGAUCUUCUCGUACUGGGCUCUGUUGGACACUCAUAUGGGAGACGGUGUGUAUGGAGCUGCAGUGCUGCUGGGGGCGGGGUCAGCCACCAUCCUCGUCAUGUCUCUGUCCAUGACCGCUGAUCUCAUCGCUGAUCAAACCCAAAGCGGAGCGUUCGUGUACGGAGCUAUGAGCUUCACGGACAAAGUCGCAAACGGACUGGGGGUCAUCAUCAUCCAGGGCCUGCACCCAUGCCAUACUCCGUUGUGUUGUCCUGCGUGUGUGUGGUAUUAUCAUUAUGUGAUGGUGAUCGUUACGGGCGGAGUCGCUGUUUUAGCAGCCCUGACACUCUGCACCAUCCUCAUCUGGCCAAUCAGGAUCAGCCGCCGUCUCAGUGUGAUGCCCGGUCUGAUGCCAGACAGAGAAGAUUCAGUAAGCAGCAGUGAUCUGAGUCUGGGGAACUGAGUUAUUGUGAAAUGUACGGGUAAAUCUGCACAAACUCGACUGCGAGGGACGUGCAGUGAGCUGCUGAUCACAUUCUGUUCAUGUUUAUCCAGUUAUUUAUGGGUAAAGUAAGUGUGUGUGUGUGUGUGUAGCUGAAACACCUGUACAAUUAUCAUCGUAACUAACAGCACUAACCCCAAGUGCCACAGGAAUAUUGUUUACUUGUGUUUUAUUGUUGUUUGUUUAUUAUGAGUGGGUUUUAUUCAGCAUCUGGGUUACACAAAAUGACAGACCAUAUACACUCCUCAGGUAUAUAUUACCCAUAAUGCUCUGUGUGAGAGGGACAGAGAGGGAAUGCUUCACGUUAAGGACAUUCAGACACUAAUUUACAAAGGGACCAGCGUUAUAAAUGUAUUAUUAUUGGUUUUUAUUAUUAUUGUGUGUAUAUCAUCUAUAAGCGAGUGAUGGUUCGGCUAAAACUCUCUUCAGUCUCGAUGUUUGCCGUCUCAUUAGUUUUCUUGAUUUAAACAUUAGAAGUAAAUGAGACGAUGAUAUAGUUUCAGUUUCUUCAACACAGAUUUCUCAUAAAUGACGUUUCUGUGACGAACUCUGGGCCUCAUUUAGCAAUCUGGAGUAAAUGAUUUCAUGGCCAGAAUGGUGUAAAAUUUCUCGACGAAAAUUUCAGUCACGUUGAUUUGAUUUGAUUUUUGUGGGAUGGGGGGUUAAAAUGCAAAUUGGUGAAAAUUACUAAGCACAUUCAGGACGCAACUGAUUUACAUUUAGCCUUGCCACGCCCACAAAAUGCUCACAGAGAGCUGAAACCGUCAAAACGGUAAUUAAAUGUUGAAAAAACACUCGUGUGUGUGUGUGUGUGUUCAGUAAUGCAGCUCAGCCGUCGCAGUGCAUUGUAGAUAGAUGGCGAUAGAUAGGUAGAAUUUAUUCAGGUAAAAAUCCCACGCAAAUCAGAAACGGAGUUAAACAAAUACAGUAGAACUGAUAAACAUGAAACUAAACCAAGGAUAAGACCUUGUGGUCCCAGGGCCGCCACACACUCUGAGCCCUCUCCAUUUACAGGGUGCUAUUACUUUUGUCCUAAUUGAACGGCUGGUCUUAUUUGUCUUACCUUAUGAUGUUUGUUUUUAUUUUUUGAGUCAUUAAUAUGAAACAAGUUUCACAAACUGUUGAUUAAAUUGGGUUUAAUGCAGUGAUUUAAAGUGAAGGCGGGUAUAGAACCGCAGCAGCUCCUCGGGGAGUAAACAGUUCGCAGCCCAUCUGAGGCUCAGAUUAGUGUCUCCUACGUUCAUUUACACACUCGGGAGUGAAACUCGGGAUGCGAAUGCUUUAAGUGAACACAUUUCUUUUGUCGCUGCUCCUGCGAGUGAUUUUAUGAAUAAAUUGGUUCAUGUGAAGUUUGAUAAAUGAGGCCCAGAGUCUUGUGAUGCGAUUCACAUCUCCAGUCUGUUCACGCCGUGCUGAACAGCGGGUGAUUUGAGCUUCUGUUACUUUUUGGCGAUAUUGGCGUCCCGUACAACACCAAAAGACUAACGUGUGUGUGUGUGUGUGUGUGGUACAGGGUGUUUCAAAAGUGUGAUAUUAUUUGAGAUGUAAAUAUCCCAGAAUCUACGUAGUCUGGGCAGAUGAAACCGAACAGGCUUAAUGUUGAGCAAUAUCAGAUUUAUUCCUCAGAAUUCGAAUGAGAAAUUCAAACCUGUGUGGAUUCCAUGAACGAGUCCACAAAUUUUCAGUACUCGUGAACCCGCUCGCUCGACCACCUCUCCGAUGUUGGUGGUCGUCUGGAACCUUUUGCCCUGCACAUACACAGCCUUCCUCUCUGAACUUUUUGUGCCAUGUCCAGAUCCGCAUUGCAGUUGGUACAUUUUUAGAGAAUUCUCUCAAACGCACGCUGUACUGUAUCGUUCGACUGUGUUCGAGCGAACUCUAACACACACAACUCAUUUUCUUUUCCACUGAAUGGCAUUUCUAUACAUAAGAUAACACACACAUUUGAUCUGUUUCCACACGUGUGCACUCUCUCUCCUCAUCCUCCUCUCUCUCUCUCUCUCUCUCUCUCUCUCUCUCUCUCAAUCCCCCCUCUAUCCUUCUCUCUCAAUCCUCUCUUAAUCCCCCUCUAUCCUUCUCUCUCUCUCCUCAUCCUCUCUUAAUCCUUCUCUCUCUCUCAAUCCUCUUAAUCCCCCUCUCUCACAAUCCCCCCUCUAUCCUUCUCUCUCUCUCUAUCUCAAUCCUCUCUUAAUCCCCCUCUCACAAUCCCCCCUCUAUCCUUCUCUCUCAAUCCUCUCUUAAUCCCCCUCUCUCACAAUCCCCCCUCUAUCCUUCUCUCUCUCAAUCCUCUCUUAAUCCCCCUCUCUCACAAUCCCCCCUCUAUCCUUCUCUCUCUCAAUCCUCUCUUAAUCCCCCUCUCUCAAUCCCCCCUCUCUAUCCUCCUUUCUCUCUCUCAAUCCUCUCUUAAUCCCCCCUCUCUAUCCUUUCUCUCUCUCUCUCUCUCUCUCAAUCCUCUCUUAAUCCCCCUCUCUAUCCUCUCUCUCUCUCUCUCUCUCUCUCUCUCUCUCUCUCAAUCCUCUCUUAAUCCCCCCUCUCUAUCCUUCUCUCUCUCUCAAUCCUCUCUUAAUCCCCCCUCUCUAUCCUUUCUCUCUCUCUCAAUCCCCCUCUCUCUCUCAAUCCCCCCUCUCUAUCCUUCUCUCACUCUUUCUCAAUCCUCUCUUAAUCCUUCUCUCUCUCUCUCAAUCCCCCCUCUAUCCUUCUCUCUCAAUCCUCUCUUAAUCCCCCUCUCACAAUCCCCCCUCUAUCCUUCUCUCUCUGUCCUCACUUAAUCCCCCUCUCUCAAUCCCCCAUCUAUCCUUCUCUCUCUCUCUUAAUCCCCCUCUCUUAAUCCCCCCUCUAUCUCUCUCAAUCCCCCCUCUCUAUCCUUCUCUCUAUCCUCUCUUAAUCCCCCUCUCUCAAUCCCCCUCUAUCCUUCUUUCUCUUAAUCCUCUCUCUCUAAUUCCUCUCUCUUAAUCCUCUCUCUCUCUCUCUCUCUCUCUCUCUCUCUCUCUUUCUCUCUCUCACUGUCAAAAUUUGAGGUCAAUUGAGUUGGUAAAGUUAUUAGAUUGUGAAAUGAUCUAAAAAAAAUUUUUUUGAAACACCCUGUAUAUUUAGCCGGAUCCAUCACUUAAAUAUUUACGUUAUAGCUCGGUGUAUCCUGAUACGUUACUGAUGAAUUUUGGUAUAUAAACACAGGUGAUAUUUAUAGAAAAUCGUGUGUGCUGAUUCUGAUUGGUUGAGAAAUUCUGACUGUUUCUCGAUAAUCACCUCGAGCGAUUUGGCAAAAUGGCGUCCGAUCACUUUGUCACCGUGACGGAGGAAGAAUUACAAAUGAUGAAAGAAAAUGCUGUUCAAAGAUGCUCCGAAGUUUGGUCCAAAACUGUUGAAAGGGAUGGUGGGAUUGGGAUUUAUUUUAUCGAUUUCAAAACAAUGUGUUUUAUGUGACUCGGCGUAGAUCAGUGACAAGUCUGCGCCGCACAGUUAUUACAUUUACAUGAAGGUUUUGAAGUGUGAAAUGAUUUUUUGUUUGUUUGUUUUUUUUAAACUAAAAUCAAUUAUCUGCCUCGGGCUCAGUGAAUGUCGGUGAAGAAUAACCUCGACCUUCAGCAAAUAAUUGUUAAAUAGUUAAAUUAAUUGUACUUAAUGUCCUGGACACUUUAAAAUGUUAGGGUUUUUUUUUUUUUUUGAGUCUCC